CAGAGACUCACACUGACUGGUGGAUCCUGUGAAGGGCAAAGGAUGGUGCUCACUGACGUCACUCCGGCGCCCUUCAUGUAUCUUCCCUACUGAGAGACUCGUGUCCCUCUCUGAGGAAGGAAACUGCCGUGAUUUACCAAGACAAGAAGUAAUCCUCUGUGAUCACAAGAUGAUUCAGGAUGGAUCCUGAAGCUGCCCAGCUGGAGAAGCAGCACGUGCAUGAUGUGUAUGAGAGCACAGCCCCCUACUUCAGUGACCUGCAGAACAAAGCUUGGCCACGAGUCCGCCAAUUCCUGCAGGAGCAGAAGCCAGGCAGCCUCAUUGCUGACAUUGGUUGUGGAACUGGGAAGUAUCUUAAAGUGAAUAGCCAAGUACAUACCGUGGGCUGUGACUACUGUGGGCCUCUGGUAGAGAUUGCCCGGAAUAGAGGGGGUGAAGUCAUGGUAUGUGACAACCUUAAUCUCCCCUUUAGGGACCAGGGCUUCGAUGCUAUCAUCUCCAUAGGAGUCAUACAUCAUUUUUCUACAAGACAAAGACGAAUUAGAGCAAUAAAGGAAAUGGCCAGGGUCUUAGCUCCUGGAGGCCAACUGAUGAUUUACGUUUGGGCGAUGGAACAGAAGAACAGACACUUCGAGAAGCAGGACGUGCUGGUGCCGUGGAACCAUGCUCUCUGCUCCCGGCGGCUCUCAGAAUCCCACCAGUCCUGGGGGCAUCCGUGUGGACAUCCCACGAGCCAAGGCCACCAGGGUCCUGGCUCCGCCUGCGGCUGCGCAGUGUGUUUUCAGGGCAGGUGCGAUUCCAAGCGGUCCCACAGCAUGGACGACGGGCCUGCGAUGGCAAGAACCUGCUGUGAAGAUGUUUCGAAGGAAGGCGAGGAAGCGAAUGGAUUGUAUAACAAUUUUGGAAAAUCUUUCCGCUCCUGGUUUUUCUCCAGGUCUUUGGAUGAAUCAACCCUGAGAAAGCAAACUCAAAGAGCCAGACCCAUGAAAAUCACGGAGGGCUGGGCCGAUAGCACUGUGUCCCGUCAGCCUCCCAGACACCCCAGCUUAGACUUACAUCCCCAGGAGACGUUUUCAACAAAAGAACCAAACUUAGACGAGGUGUUUGGAGACACAUCUUUUCAAAGACACUUGGGCUGGCUGGAAGCACCGGGCACUUCAGAGCACUUCAGUGGACACCGGGGAGGAGAGGGCAGGAGGAAGGAGGGCGGCGACUUUCUGGACAUCGCUGACACCAGAGACAGUGUGGCUGCAGACAACGUCAUUGAUCCUUCUGCCAGAAAAAUAUUAAGGAGAGUUUCUGCAUUUGACUCUACAGAUUCCAAACCAGAAGGCCCAAGCUACGCGGAGGAGCAGCAGGAUGCUCCGGAUUCCAGGGCCUUCAUGCGCUAUUACCAUGUGUUCCGGGAAGGUGAGCUGUCGGGACUACUGCAGGAGAGUGUGUCCGAGCUGCAGGUUCUGAGUGCUGGCAAUGAUCAUGGUAACUGGUGCAUCAUCGCAGAGAAAAGGGAGAGCUAGGAAUAACUACACCACUUGGGUCAGGGGCUUCAGAGGUGGCCCGUUAUCUGUCCACUGGGGUGGACGUGGGCACCUGAAUCAGCAUCCUGUUUCAUUGUUUUCAAAUCCAGGUACGAGAUGGUCCUUGGACACUUUGACUUGAUCCUCUGAGUAGUUGAGUAAGCACAGAACCUGGAGCUUGCUGCAUCCGCCACAGGAUAUGUCUACUGAAAUGUCAAUAAAAGGAUCUG